AUGAAAAAGAGGAGAGACAGAGAGUAUCAUAGAAAAAUUGUACAACAACAAGAAAAUAUAAAGGAAUGUUUAUUUGAAAAGAUUGUCAAAUGUCAAAAAGCGGCAGGAAAAUUUGUAGGAAUUGACACAUUAAUUAAAGAAAUAGAUAAGUUUAAGAACACACAAUUUGAUCAAACUGUUGUUCAAACAUUCUUUGUAGUUCAAUUACUAAAAGAGAAAUUUGUAGAAAAUAAAAUUGAAUGGAAGUUGCUUGUGAAGAAAGCAGAGAAAUGGUUAGAAACGAAACAACCACUUCCUGAAGAAAUAAAAGCACAAAUCAUGUCAUUAGCUAAAUCAAUCAUUUUAAAAUAA